AUCAAAUCUGCGCGGUCUUUUAUGCGCAAUCGUCUGGGAGAAUCGCGAUCGUGUUGGAGCUCUCAAGGUAAAACUACUGCCCACGAUCAUCAGUUUGAAGAAUACCAUGCAAGAAGGACUGCGAAGGGUACCAGUUAGCAGUGAAAGCCACGGCGAGAGCAGAUGAUAACAUGUCUAUAUCAUCUAAGAGAAGCAGCGCAUCCACAGGAGCACCAAUAUCAGAAGAGAGAAACGGAAAAGCCAAAUCAUCAUCCUCAGCCUCCUCAUUGAGAAAGAGCAUCAGUAGCAGUCUUACAAAUAGUAAUGUAGAGAACACCCCGUCUCCUUAUGCACCACAAAGAGAACGAUCUGCAUCGGUAGAUCAAAAGAAGAAACAAGCCACAGCAUCUAGAGCAUCAACAACUAAAAGUAAAAGUAGAACUGAAGCCUUACUGUCCCGGAAGGUGACAGGAUCGGCAACCUCAGUUAGAACUCAAGCAUCUAUUUCGACGAGACCACCUACGGGAAAGGCACCACGACGAUCUACCUCAGCGGAUAAAGUGCAAGCAGGGUCUGAAAAUGGCUGUAUUUCAGGGCAGUCUCAUCCUCAAGAUCAGGCAAGCUAUCGAACAAGUGGCACUCGCCCCCAACGAGAAGUCAGCUCUGCAAGUUCUAGCUCCAGCUCUGAAGGAGAUGAGAGAGGAGUAAAAGGAUCUGUAUCGCCUCAGAAAUCUCGCACCAGGAGAUCUGUUACAAUGGAGGAGAACGGAGUAACCAGUGCAUCAGGAAGCCCACAGGGUAGGAGCAGUGUAUAUUCAAAAUCAAAGACUCCGCCGAGUGUACGAAGGAAAUCUUCCCCACCCUCCAGUGAAAACAACUCAAGAUUCCAACGUCACUCAUCUCUCAGAUCUUCCCAGAAUGGUAGGCCGCAACAAUCCACGAAAAAAUCAGCCACAAGGACUCUAUCCAGUUCAUCCUUGGACAAUGGAUCAUCGACACAAACAUCCGUGUCAUCAGAAAGUGAAAGUGCACCCUCUAGAAAACUGAGAAAUGGAACUGCAGCUAAAAGCAGUAGUGAAGAUUCCAUUAGUGACUCUGAGCGGAAAUCUAAAAGUGCACUUUCAAGGACGCCUUCCACAAAGAGAAAAGUUUGCAUGGAGAUAGUCAUGGAGAAGAAAAUAAUCAGUAAAUCAAAUGCCACUCCUACAGCUGGGAAAACAGAGUCUGUUAUGGGUAAGUCUCCCUCAAAACAAAGUUUGUCUUCCCCUACGGAUGAGAACUCAAACUCUACAAGGACCAGCCCAACUAAAUUGAAAAGUGCAAGCACUGUGCGUCCUAGUGUUCUUGGAUCUCAUACUGGUGCUAGGAUGAAAGUACGUACUGCCACCACAAGCAGUGAUAGAAAAUCCAAUGGUGCUUACAAUGUUGACAAGUCGCGCAUCGUGAGUGCGCCAACUUUCAAAAGGACAGACCAAAGCUUGCCUAGUAUAUCACCUUCCGGUCCGAUGCGUGCUAAAUCAGGAUCGGCAAGGACCGGUGAUAUGAAACAGAACCUUAAGAGUCCAGACCGGAGUAGAGUUGCCACAAAGACUUCAUUCCCAAACCGCUCUAGGGCAAGAGCUCGUAGUAUGGAGCCAGUGGCUAGGAAUGUAACUGGCUCUACAAUGACAACCAUUGACGCUGCGAGCCAUACUCCGCAGGCCCCCGAGGGCAGUGUUGUUACCACGCACAUCAUCCAUGCGCGUAGAAGUCAAAGCCAGGAACGGCGAUCCAAUAAGGACAGCUUUGUUGCAUCUCGACGCCAAGCCUGGGAAGAAAAGGCCUCCCACUCGCCAGCCGAGGCGAAGAAAGCAUCAGCGACGUCUCCAGAGAAGAGGUUCCAGAGAGGAGGUGUCGGUAGAAGGUCUUUAAUUGAUGAGAGGAAAGCCAUGCUCUUUGGUGGGUUCACGGCUGGUGGGAUGAGAGGUCAAGUCAGCGGGAAGAAACCUGCCAUACCAGCGAAGCCAGAGAACCUCGCCUCCAAACCACCUUUGAACAUAGACCAGAAGGGUCAGAUUGAAUUAUACAUCAAUGAGGAGUUACCGACACCUGCUGCUGUGGUAGCACCUGUCCACACAUCUGGGGAUACUUGUAAACCAGCCGUUCUGCAGGAGAAUGUACUGAAGAUUCAACCAAAUGCCAUUAAUUUGAUGCCCAAGCUACAACCGUCAACAGAUGAAGUUGAUUCGACAAGGAGAUACUCUCCUAGCAAGGAGAAUGAAAUCAUCAGCACUUCUAAUGACAAGAUGUACUCCAUGGGGAACGAUGAAUACGGUGAUGCUUUGGAGAAGUGGUCCAUGCUGAAAGAGAACCAGUCUGUCGGGGAACCAGGCAAGAAGAGAGAGGAGAACAAAAUUGAUAACAAGCAAGCAGAGAGUCGUCGUCAAGCGUUAGUCAACAGGGAGCGCGAGACGUCCAACCACAAAAAACAAACCAGCGAGCCUAAAGUGAUACAAGUCUGCCCUGCAGAGGUAAAAGAUGGUCAUUAUUAUUUACGCAUCGUGAACGAAGAACAAUCUCGUCUGGAGACAUUGAGUAUGGCAGCAAAUAAAGAUAUGGAGAAGGAACUAUCAGAAGAAGUGUGUGGAAAGCUGAGGGCUACAAUCGGCAAGGCGUAUCUUCUGACCCAUAAGAAGUUUAAACAGUUUAGAGGACUUUGUGAACAGAAUGUCAAUCCAUCCGAAGCAGAUGUCCUCUCCGUUACCGAUCUAGACUUGGCCGGUUUCUGGGACAUGGUCUUGAUUCAAGUCGACGAUGUGAAUAGCAUGUUCAAAGAGAUCGAAGGAUUCAGACAGAACGGCUGGCGGACACCGAAACAGUCUCCUCAAAAACUCAAGGCAUGCGGUAAGAAGCCCUCCGUCACCUCCCCUCCUCCAUCACCAGGAAUCUACAAGACAACAUCUAAUCCCCUGGCCCAGGUUAACGCUGACCCAAAAGCCAAGGCAGAGAGGGAGAAGAAAGCAGCUAAGGCACGUCAGACGAGAGACGACGCCCGUAAACGUCUCAUUGCCGCCAAGAGAGCAGCGGCAAGAAAAAGAGUCAAAUCAGAGGAUGGUGAGCCUCCAGUAGAGAUAUUUGUACCGGAUAAGUAAAUGACUUCCAUCAGUUCAUCCCGCCUCAAGCAAAUAGACGGUAUUGUUAGGUACCAACAUGUGACAUGGGGAAAUGCUAACCUGCUAAGCACUGGAAAUUCGACUUCCAGCCCUUGCACUUAAUGUUUUUGUAAAAUAGCCCACAGGGGCUAACGGUGGGGUGUCGUGGUCUAAGGCGGUGAACUCAAUUUCUUUAAUUUACAGAAUGUGGGUUCGAAUCCUGGCCUGGUCAGUCGCAACACUUCUGUCCUUGAGCAAGGCGCUUUAUCACAAUUGUUACAUCUAAAGAUGUGCUGUCAGUAUUACUCUAGUUAUUUGUAUUGUGACACCACACUUUGCUUAGCAAUUGAAAUUGAUAGACAGCUUUAAUCGAUCAUCUUAGCUCUUGUGAAAUCAGCUCCAGGACUAGUGACUUAAGUGCUUGGAAGUCUACAUUACAGUUGGUUCAAUUAAUACAAAUAAACAUAAUUGUUUAUUUAUUGAUAAGAUAGAUGCUUAUUAUACAUUUUAAAGAACAAUUGAGAGGUGAUUAACUUAGUUGCAUACAUAGAUAAGGUGAGUGAGCAGUUGUUUGCAACUGGGGUGAGACUAAAUGGAACAAACAAUGUAAAUAUAGUAUUAGUAUUAUUUUUUAAGAUGCCGUAGUAAUGGUAAAGUUACCAAUAACUUGGGUAGGUUUUUACUGCAAUGCUUGUUUUGGGGCGUUUCAUUGUUUUGCUUUUCUCUUUCAUGAUGGACAUUUAUUUGGAGAAGUUAAGGAAGCGGUUGUUUGGAUUUUACUAAAUUGUUUUGGUCCAUAAUUUAUAACAAUUCUGUCGAAGCUUGCCACGUUUUAAGUUUUAUAUUUGGAUUCAAAUGAUUCAUUGGUUGAAAGUGUUAUUAUUAUCAGUUUCAAUUCGUCAGCGUUAUUAUUAGACAAUCCUUGUUCGUUGAAGACAGUGGCUUAAGUUGUUUGAUUUGAGAUUCUCUUUUUAUUUUAAAGUAAUUUCACUUUCAUCAAGUAUUUUUGAUGCCUCGACCAAUUUACUCUACACUUCAUCUUUUAAGAGAUAGUACUUCGAAAGGUUAAAUUUGACGUCUCUACACUUUGAUGUGUUUAACAGGACUGUCUAGCUCUGUCAAAGUCUGUUAUGUUGUCAUUUUGUUUGUUUGUUUAUUUGUUUAUUUUUGCUUAUUUUUAUUUAUUUUUUGUGGCUGUGUUUGUUUGUGUGUUGGGCUGUUUGUUUGUUUGUUUAAUUACUGACUCUCUUUUUACUUCUGGUUUUCUUUUGAGAAAACAACUCUCAUUUUGUCGGGUUUUUAUGUGGUUGAAUAUUUACUCCACACUUUUGUUUCAUCUGAUUUCUCAUCGAGUAUCUCUGUGUUUAUUUCUAUUCCCAGGUAUAUUUAUUAAUAGUAAUAUUUAACUGCAUUAAUAAUUUAUAUAUGUUUUUUGAAGUGCCUUAGUUUUACUGGAAUAGCAAAUGAGAGACGUUUCAUUUAGAAACUUUCCAUAUUUCUUUUUUUGGGGACGAUUGUGUACUAUUAUUAGUAACUUAAACUGAUACAUUCAUCAGUUCACCACCAAAUGGUCGUUAUACAAUUUCUAAUGAACUUCAUAAAAGUAGGCUGACAUACUUUGGAGCCCCUAGAAAGUUGAGGUUAUUUGUGUGUGAUUCACACAGUGUUUGUUUGCCAGAAAGAAACAUGAAUUUUUUUUGGAAGGCAUUGAUUCAUUUUGAUGGCUCUGCUUAUUGCCAAGUUCUGCGCUUCAAUCACCAUUCACUGCUUACUGUGCAAGCGCCGAGCUUCUGCGCUAGCUGUGUAAGUGAAGAAGAAUGCCUUGUAGCGUGGUUAAGCAGUGUCCUUGCUAACCCGUCAAAUACACUUGACCUGCGCCGAUUCUUUGCUUACGCUAAGCACAGCCAUGAAAUUGGGCCAUGAUAUCCAGCCACUUUAGAUAGAAGGUCUCUUUAAACAUCAGGUCUGGAAUUUCAUCUUUGAGAGGGCAAGGCCAUUUUCAGACAUCUAUGCUAGACCGCUGUUGUGUUCCUUGGCCUCAAACUCAAGGGGGGCAGCUUUUAGUUCUUUCAGGAUUGUACUUUUAUUAAUCGGGGGGAAGAACAUAAAAACAUGCAGCAGUGGUAGCUUUACCUUUCUCAACAAUGCAUACAAUGUAACUUGCUAGUCAUGUGAAUGUGCAAUGAAAUAUAUUGAGAUCACAGUAAUAAGUCAGAAGCGCUCAAGAACAACCUCUUAAGAGACGAGUUGUUCAUCCUGUAAUUGAGGAUGAGUAUUACGUUCAAAUCGUACAUCAUUUUGUGUCAUGUGUGUGUGUUUGUAGCCAUUCGUUGAUCUUGUACAGUGUAUCAAACUAAGAGAGUCUGUAAAUGUUUAACAACGUAGCCGUAUGUGAAUGACAUACAUUGUAUAUUGGUUAUUUUUCUACGGCUGGUGUUAGCUAAUUAAUGGAUAAAGGGAAGAAGGGGGAGGGGGCAGGGGGAGGCAAGUUGAGACUAGACAGUAUGGUUCAGGUAACCUUGUGUAUGUAUGUGAAGGAUUACUGUUUGAGCAGAAAUGAGCAAGAUACCAUUCACAAUUCUACAUGUGACGAAGCCGUUUGGCUGGUAACCUUAUUCCGGUAAGCAUACUUUGUUGUGCUUAGCUUCAUUUUGUGCUUUUAAAGCAGCUGUCUGAAACUGCUAACCUUUGAAAAACGCUUGAGGUAAGCGAUAAAUUCCCUGCUUCAAUAAGCGCUGAUUCUUUGCUUACUGUAUUAAGCAGAGACAUGAAAGUGGAAACAGAUCAUCUUAUUCCUUAUUGGAACAGACAUGCUGUCUUGAAGAAAGUCACCAUUUGUGAAAUAUGUUUGGAAAAUUCCUUCCGAAAGGUUGAACAUGAGAUAAAUUAUUCUGAGAAGUUUGACUUUCAAAUGGAAUCAGUUUUUUAUGAGACAUAAUUUUGAAUAAUAUUUAAAGUUAAAGACAAUAUUUGUGUCACUUACCAACUUUCAUGGUGUGGGAGGGGUUCCAAAAAUAAUAUAUAAUUAAUAACACAAUUUUUUUGUAAGCAUAAAUAUUUGUGUUUCACAUACUUCUUGAUAGUCAAGGACUAUGAAUUCACCUAAAAUCAAAUGUGUACUAUGAACAAAAUGUAUACUCUGUAUUAUUACUAGUUAUCAACCAGUACAGUGUAUAUCUUUAUUCCUUGCCAAUGUUUAUUUUUAAGUCAGAAAUGAGAAUAUUUUUCUCAAUAGUCGUGGCAGCAUAUGUACAAACUUGUGACUUUUUGAGUUGUAAUUUAAAUGCACUGUACAUUCAAAAAGUCCACCUAAUCUGAAUUAGUUAAUUUGAUGGUACAAAACACGCUAAACCAUAAUACUAUUGCACAGCACAGCCACAUUCAUGUAAUGUACAGUUGAUAAAGGGAAUUAUUUUUAAAGCUAUUUUCUUGCAUUCUGUACCAGUAGUUGUGUAUGUACACAUUGUUAUCGGCUUACUGUAUAUUUGAAACUGACGUGUAAAUGUAUGUAUAAUACAAUAUGUUAAUUUCACUCCAAGUGAGUGACUGAUUACAGCAAUUCUUUCUUCUACACUAACUUUUUGUCUCCACACUGAAAUUAUUUAUGUAUUUUGUUUUGUUAUGUUCUUCUAGUACUUUUAGAUUCAUAAUGCGUUGGGUAUUUCAUUCUCUCAUAAUGUUCAGGUUGAGAUAAGUAUGUGUAAUAUUUGGACCAAUUUAAUGUGUUUUUCCCCCGCUUUUUAUAAAUGAUGUAAUACUUACAUAGCUACUGUGUAAUCAGUAUUGUACUGUCCAAUCCACAGGUACAUGUACCUCUGGAGGAUUCGAACCAAAAAACCUUACUUUUAGAGUUGUGUCUUAACAGCAAAAUUUGCCCACAGUUUACAGUGCUAUAUAAAUAUACAGCAGGGAGUUUGGAGGAAAAAACUAGGUACAUUUAAUUCUCAUAUAUCUCAACUUGUUUGUUCUAUUGCUACAUUUUAUCUUUGAAGUUCAUGUAACUGUCCUGGACAAAAUAUGGUUUUUUUUUUCCUGAUAAAGUACAAACGUAUUUGAGGAGACUUUAUAAAAAGGAGAGUUACUUGCUGCAAUCUAUUAUAUAUUUUGAGAGAUGUAAUUAUAAUUAAGUUAAUGCAAUUAUAGCUCGGGCGUUAUCAUUAAAUGCUUGUAGCUUUUAUAAUUGAUCUUGUAGAUAAUGUAGUUUGCAAAAAUCCAUGUAGGAAAUUAGAACAUUCAUCAGUUGCAUUAGAGAAGACGCCUUCUUUAGAGAAUUUGGAUGUACACGUCUCCUUUGCUAUACUAUUGGCACUACUGUUUGGUAUCCUGUGUGGUUAAAUGACCAAUACAGCAACAUUUUUAAAGGAGGCAGACUAUUUUAAUGAGCGUCUUGGUUGUAUACAAUGUCCAUGUGGGGCGGAGGUUAUCCCUCAAUGUUUACAUACUUAACAAACUAUUUUUCUCUUGUACAUAAGUAGCCCUCUUUAAAUCUCCUGUAAUGGAUUCCUGGGAUUCCAAACACACAGUGAAGACACAACAAGGGGGCAGGGGUUUGUACAGCGUGCCCCAUAGUGAGCACCAAAUGUAUGAUUGGGUGGGAAAACACCUGUAGUCUUAUGUGCUAAAGAAAAUAAGCAGGUGCAUCUGCACAACUAUUUAACAAUUACCAGAAGUUUCAAGGUUCAGAUGGAGUGGUGAAGUAGCAAAGUUUGAGGAGACUAAUAAUGAUAUCCUGUAAGGCAUGCAAGUCUUUGGACUAUAACAGAUUUCUGCAGUAAGCAGCAAUAUGAAAUUUGGCCCAGGUCCCAUUUCAGUGCUUACAAGUUUUCUGCUAAGCAAAUGUAAGAAGGAUAUCAGUCACAGGUUAUGUGAGAUGCUAUUUUGGCUGGUAACCUUUUUCUAGUAAGUAUAACUUUGGUGUGCUUGUUUUGAUGUGAUGUGCUCUAUGAAAUUGGGCCCAUCUUAGUGAAAUGUUAUGGUUUGUUCCUAGUAGAUAUCUUGGGUCGAGUCGAAAAUAUACAUCAAAGGUAAAACUGUUUGAAAUAGAGUUGACUUUAACCAGUAGUUGUUACUGCGCAAGAUUUUAAACUGUAAGAUGAUUCCCAAGGAGCAAUUGAACAUUCCUUAAAGGCAUUUAUACAAGUAUCUUAAAAUGUUCAUGACUUUAAAGUGGCAGUCGGCUGUCCUCCAAAUUCAGCAUUUUCGGUUUCAGUGUUGUAUUUAUGUUGUACAUUUUUUACAGCUAGGUGUCCUUUAAAUAAUUGGCUGGCCAUUUAGAAGUAGAAUAUCGACUUGGCUUUAGGAUAUUUCAGGGAAAGAAUUAAACUAAUUUGAAAGAGCAGUUUCUGGACAUGAUAUUUGCAUGUUUUUUUUCCUGAAGAAUAUAUCAAAGGAGCACAUUAUUUAGUGGCAUGGUAAACAUUUAAAUAAAAUAUUUAACAAAAAUAA